GUUUACAGUGUGUGGGAAGGUGGGUUGGAGGCGUUACAGCCAGUAACUGGUCGUAGUAUUUGGGCAUUGAGCUGUUUUGUCGUUCGAGCUCUGGGAUAAGUGCGGGUUUUCCCGGUGUUGUGGCGAGGUAUUGGCGCUUAGAUAUGCCGCUGUCGGCGGGUAAAAAUUUAAAAUAUCCAGCAUCAAGAUCGGUGUUAUGUUAUUUCAGAAUGCAAUAGUUGGUAGUCACCAUUAUAAAAUGAAGAUUUAAAACAUAUAUUUCUGUCAUGGGAUAAUGCUUGACUGAAUACAUGAAGAUUGGAAGAUGGAGGAUGGUCAGACAAGCCAGCAGAAUAAAAAGAAGAUGGACGGCUCGUCCUGCAUGGAGCUGGCGCUGGAGGGCGAGCGCCUCUGCAAGGCCGGCGACUGUCGCGCUGGCGUCGCCUUCUUCGAAGCGGCCAUCCAGGCCGGCACUGAUGACCUGAAGACACUGACGGCCAUCUACAGCCAGCUGGGCAACGCCUACUUCUACCUGGGCGAGUACAUCAAGGCGAUGCAGUACCACAAGCACGACCUUACGCUUGCCAGGACCAUGCAGGACAAGAUGGGCGAGGCCAAGGCCAGCGGCAACCUCGGCAACACCAUGAAGGUGCUGGGCCGCUACGACGAGAGUCUGCUCUGCUGCAAGCGCCACCUCAGCGUGUCGCGGGAGCUGGGUGACAAGGUGGGCGAAGGUCGGGCCCUGUACAACCUGGCCAACGUCUACCACUCGAAGGGCAAGCACUUGGGUCGCUCGGGCAACCAGGAUCCGGGCCACUUCCCGGACGCCGUCAAGGAGUGCCUGCAGAAGGCGGUCGAGUACUACAACGAGAACCUGCAGCUGAUGGUGGAGCUGGGUGACCGGUCCGCGCAGGGCCGCGCGUGCGGAAACCUCGGCAACACCCACUACCUGCUGGGCAACUUCACGCUGGCCAUUAGCUACCACCAACAGCGGCUGAAAAUCGCCAAGGAGUUUGGCGACAAGGCGGCGGAGCGUCGCGCCCACAGCAACCUGGGCAACGCUCACGUCUUCCUGGGACAGUUCGAGACGGCCGCCGAGCACUACAAGCGCACUCUGGUGCUGGCGCAGGACCUGGGCGACCGCGCCAUGGAAGCGCAGGCCUGCUACAGCCUGGGCAAUACGUACACCCUGCUCUGGGAUUACGCCACCGCCAUCGAGUACCACAUGCGCCACAUGCGAAUCGCGCAGGAACUCUGCGACACGGUGGGAGAAGGCCGCGCGUGCUGGAGCCUCGGCAACGCCCACACGGCCGUCGGAAACAACGACAAGGCGCUGUACUACGCGCAGCGGCACCUGCACAUCUCGCAGGAGAUCGGCGACAUGACCGGCCUGGAGACGGCGCGGAUGAACCUGUCGGAGCUGCGCCGCAGCAUGGGCCGGCCGGCCGCCGACGCCGCCGAGCUGUCGGACGCGGCGCUGCAGCCGGCGCACCGGACGCGCCGGCCCAGCAUGGACAACAUGGACCUGCUCAAGAUGACGCCCGACGCCAAGCGCGCGCUGCAGGGCGACUGGGACGCCGACAAGCAGCUCAACUCCAGCCAGACAUCCAACGACGAGUCGUACAUGGACGGCGACGACUUUUUCGAGCAGCUGACCCGCUUCCAGUCGAAGCGCAUGGACGACCAGCGCUGCUCGCUGACCGUCGGCGGUGGCGCCAACGGCGGCUCGUCCAGCGGCUCCACGCCCGACCCGGUCAAGGAUGACCUGAUCGACCUGAUUGCAGGCAUGCAGUCGCGCCGAAUGGACGAGCAGCGGGCGGACUUGCCGGCCGGCGAGCUGGAGCUGCCCGGCUUCAGCGGCAGCAAGGACUUCAUCCAGCGGCUGAGCGUCGCCUCGGACGCCGACGGCCUCCCCGACGACCAGUUCUUCGACAUGCUGAUCCGGUGUCAGGGCUCCCGGCUGGACGACCAGCGCUCGGUGCUGCCAGAGCUGGCCGUGCCGCACCCGCCGUCGGCGCCCACCGUGCCCGACGAGGACUUCUUCUCCCUGAUCCUGCGCCUGCAGUCGGAGCGCAUCGAGGACCAGCGUUCGACACUGCCGCCCAGUAAAACGCUGAACGACUGAUGACCGCCGACCCCACCUGCCGGCCGCGGGACAUCGGUCUACAGGCGCCCGGACCGGCCAGCGUCAUAUCAGCGCGCCGACCGCGUGCGCUGACUC